GUUAGUUAGUGUAGGAGCUCGUCGAUGAAGCUCCUACACUGCAGUGCUGCUUGGGCGGCAGCGUGUCUGGGCUUCGGCCCUGGUUUGGCCCCAUUAGAGGUCGUUGGUGUGUGUGUGUGCUUGGACACAGGUGGGGGUUGGGCUCAUAGCUGGGUGGGCUUGGUUGGCAGCAUUAGCCGCGUGGGCCACCUUCCUCUCCCCCUCUUUGAGGGAUUGGCUAGCCCUGUAGGGCUUUAUCAUUUGGGUGGGCAUUGUCAGCAGCAAUUUUAAGGGGCCCCCUGGCAGUGGGUGGCCUGGCUGGGCCUUUUCAACAGUUAAUGGCCCCCUGGUGGUUAGUGUUCAUGUCCCCCUGGUGGUGGUAGGCCUGGUUUGUCCUUUUCAACAGUUAUCAGCCCCCUGGUGGUGGGUGGCUGGCUGGGCUUUUUCAGCAAAGUGUUCACGUCCCCCUGGUGGCGACAGGCCUGGUUUGGCUUUUUUUCUGCAGAGUGGUUGACGGCCCCCUGGUGGCUGGGACUGAGUUUUUUCUGCUUAUUACUGGGUUGAUUUUACUAAGGCAGAUGCCUAAGAAAGCCAAAGGUAAGACUGGUGGGUGGCCUAUUCGUCAGCCCAAGUGGCCUGCUCCUCCCUCCUCCUCAUCGGAUGAUGAGGAUGACGAAAUGGUCCUUAUUCGGGGGUUGAUUAACCAGAUGGAAGCUUUAGAGAAAGUCAAGGCCACUCCCUCUGAUAAGGGUGCUGGCCCGUCAGGCGCACUCAAGAAGGUUCCUCGGUACACUUGUGGGGCUGCUAGGACGCACUUACUAAAAUCUAUUUCCGACAGGUUGGAAGCGCUGGAGGGGGAUGAGGGCCCAUCUAGCCCUGUUGUUCCUGCUGAUCCAGAGGAUCCUAGAUUGGCGGUUCCUGGCGCUCCUGUUCCGGUGGUCCCUCUGCCCGCGGCUCCAGUGUUGCCAGGGCCUUCGGAUCCGCCGACACCUACUGCACCGGGUGCUGGUGGGGCAGCGGCCCCAAUGCAGAUCCUUGUUUGUGGCCAUUCGUUGGUCUUUUGGGCGUUUGAGAGCCAGCACCUCUCAGUGGGGCACCCAGCUUGGAUUGGGGAAGUGUGCCUCUGUUUAUUGGUUGGGUAUGCAGGGUAUGGUUUGGAGCCAGUUGCUCCCUGCCAUUUGGGAUCAUAUAGCUAGGUUCUCUAGCCCCAAUUUCAUCGUUGUCCAUUUAGGUGAAAAUGAUCUUGGCAAGCAAACUGGCCUCUCACUUAUUCAGCAAGCCUCCUCUGAUUUUUCUGUUUUGAAGGGCUGGAUUCCUGGUGUUCACAUCCUUUGGAUUAGCUGGCUGCAAUGCAGGGUUUGGAGGGGGGUGCAGAAUGU